AUGGCUGCUGUCGUAAACGCUCAACCACCUGUCGCUGCCCAGGCGCAGGCGCCAGUCAAGGCCAAGAAAGCCCAGGUUGUUACGCCUGGCAUCUCACUCAUCGCCGGUGCUGCGGGCGGCAUGUGCGAGGCGACUGCCACUUAUCCCUUUGAAUUCGCCAAGACGAGAGCCCAGCUCAGCAGAUCAGCCCAAGGGGCUGCCGCCGUUGCCGGAUCGAGGAAUCCUCUGGCCGUCAUUGCGCAGACGGCUCGCACAGAUGGCAUUGGCGCAAUCUACACGGGCUGCUCGACGCUGAUUGUCGGCACUGCCUUCAAGGCCGGUGUGCGUUUCCUGUCCUUUGACGCCAUCAAGGGCAUCCUGGCCGACUCCGAGGGGCGCCUCUCUCCCGCGCGGGGCAUCCUUGCUGGCAUGGUCGCCGGCGCCGUCGAGAGCGUCGUGGCUCUUACACCCACAGAGCGCAUCAAGACAGCAUUAAUCGACGAUGCUAGGUCAAGUACACGCCGGUACAAUGGCGGUAUUCACGCGAUGCGGUCCAUCAUCGCGGAGCGAGGCAUCCGUGAAAUCUACCGUGGUCUCCUCUCCACAACCUUGAAGCAGUCUGCCACCUCGGCAACCCGCAUGGGCUCCUACAACAUCAUCAAGGAAGCGGUCGCCGCGCGAACAGACGUCAAGAACAUGAAGAACCCAGCCCUCACAUUCGGCAUGGGCGCUGCGGCAGGCGUCAUCACCGUCUAUGUCUCGCAGCCGUUCGACACCAUCAAGACGAGGACGCAGGGUGCUAAGGGUGCCACCACAAUGGAGGCGAUCCGCGACGUCCUUAGGGAGGGCGGCGUGCGGACUUUCUGGAGCGGGAGCUCCAUGAGGCUGGGCAGGCUGAUCCUCAGUGGAGGUAUCGUCUUCACUGUGUAUGAGAAUGUAUCGGGGUUCCUGAUGGGAUUCAAGCGGUGA